AUGGAUGCGGACGAUGCAGGGAUGAAUGAAGAGGGGUAUUAUGAGGACGAGGCCGCCUUUGAUGCUGACGUCGAUGCUGACGCCGAGCUGGACGAGACCAUGGUUGGUGAGGACGGUGACGUGCCGGAAGACGCCAUUGUGCACUCCAACGCCCCCCCAGCGAUGCACGCAGAGAAUCCAACGCACACCAAACCCAAUGCCGAGCGCAUCACGACACCGUACAUGACGAAAUAUGAAAAGGCGCGCAUCCUCGGCACACGCGCACUGCAGAUCAGUAUGAAUGCGCCUGUGCUUGUACCGACCGAGGGCGAGAUGGACCCAUUGGCCAUUGCACAAAAAGAGCUCACUGCGAAGAAGAUCCCGCUUCUUGUGCGGCGCUAUCUUCCCGACGGCAGUUUUGAGGACUGGAGCGUCGCGGAGCUGAUCAUUUCUGAUUAA